AUGAAUAUCUGGCUUGUCGUUCUUUUCCUCGGUCAUGUAAUUUUUGCAGCCGUUAUUGAGCCCGUUAAACCAUCUCAAGACCAAUUUUAUACCCCACCUGAUGGUUAUGAGGAUCAGGAAGUUGGCACAAUACUUAAACACAGGAAAAUACCAGCACCGUUAUCGAGCAUCGUUAACAGCGUUAGCGUUCAAAACUCAUGGCAACUACUUGUGAGAUCUGAAGAUACAUUUGGUAACCCAAACGCUAUUGUCACUACCGUUAUCCAACCACACAAUGCUAUUCCAGGUAAGGUGGUGUCCUACCAGACAUUCGAAGACUCGUCAAAAUUUGAUUGUUCACCAUCAUAUGGAUUGCAGUAUGGGGCCGAUAUCACCUCCAUAGUUUCGGCCUUGGAGAUGUACUUCAUGGCACCAUUAUUGAAUCAAGGUUACUAUAUUGUAACUCCUGACUAUGAAGGACCAAAGAGUACAUUUACCGUUGGUUUGCAAUCGGGUAGAGCUACAUUGAAUUCAAUAAGAGCUGCCCUUAGUUCAGGAAAUUUGACUGGUAUUGAUUCCGAUGCAGAAGUUAUGAUGUGGGGUUAUUCAGGAGGAACCAUUGCCUCUGGCUGGGCAGCUGCUAUCCAAAGUGAGUACGCCCCUGAGUUGAGUGACAAUUUGAUUGGUGCUACACUUGGCGGGUUUGUCACCAAUAUCACAGCUACAGCAGAAGCAACUGAUGGUGGGAUUUUUGCCGGUCUUAUAGCAAAUGCUUUGGGUGGGUUGGGAAAUGAAUACUCCAACUUGACCAAAUUUAUGGAAGAGAAAGUUAGAAGUGCCAAGCGACUGAGCUUUGACCAAAGAAAUGACCAUUGUUUGGCAGACGGCAUACUUGCAAAUAUCGGCAGCCAGUUCUUUUCUGGAGAAAAUAGAUGGGUCACUGACGGUUGGUCAGUUCUUGAGGAAGAGCCGGCAAAUUCAAUAGUCAAGGAGAACGGUUUAGUUUACCAACCAGAGAAAUAUCUUCCUCAAAUACCCAUGUUCAUCUACCAAGGUACUCAAGAUAACAUUGUACCCAUUAAAAGCUCCAAAAUAACAUUUCAGCAAUGGUGUGAUUGGAGGUUAGAGUCAGGUGAGUUUAACGAGGACCUAUCAACAGGACACAUUACUGAAACAAUAGUUGGGGCUCCGGCAGCUUUGACUUGGAUUAUCAAUCGAUUCAAUGGUAUGGACCCCAUUCAAGGAUGUAACCAUACAGUGAGGGAAUCGAAUUUCGAAUACCCUGGUAUAUCGCAAUCGUAUAUUGAUUACUUUACAGGUGCUUUGGACGUUGUUCUUGGCUUUGAUUUGGGCCCAUUGCUGAAGAGAGAAGUCAGGAGUAUACAGGAUUUGAAUGAGCUUGAAUUGGAAACUCGUUCGUUUUCUCUCCGACCAAUCAAUCAAAACUCGCCCGCCUUUGACACGAUAACAAUGUCAGAAACAGAUGAUGUAUUUGAUUUAAUAAACUCAUUGCCCGAUGUAAAACAGGAACCUGCAUCACAACCAACUUCCAAGUCCAACAAGUCGAAAUCAACUGAUGAUAAAGAAGUUUUUGACUUUCUUGAUGAAAUAGCUCAACAUGAACAAAAAAAACCAAAGAAGAAAUUAGAACCUAAAAAGAAGGUAGAAAACAUUGUUAGCUCCAAUGAUGAGGAUGGAGAAGAAACAAACGAUCCAACUACCGGAACUUCUUCAUCAGAUACAACCGAUGAUCAUGGUCAACAACAGCAACAGCAACAGCAACAGCAGCAGCAAAAACAGAAGGACCACCAAGGCUCAACUGCAACCGAAAGCAAUCAGGACAUACUUGAGCUGAACCCAAUUGCGUCCUUAUCAUCAUGGUGGAGUCUGGAAGGCAACCAAAAAGUGACCAGCUUGUGGGGCACAAUCACAUCCAAUGCUGAGAAAUUGAGUGAACAGACCUAUCAAUUAGCCUCAUCAACCACAAACCAAUUAAACGAACGAUCAAAACAUUUGGAUACCGAACAAAUUGGAUCUCGGUUGAAUAGUUUGUUUCUUAAUAUUUCCCACCAGAUUAAACAAGGGUUAAUUGAAGAUGCCGAUGAAGUUCUUAAUAUUUUGCUUGUUUCCGAUUUAUACAAUUUCACCUAUUUGCACAAAUUGGUGCUGAAUAACUUCAACGUUGCCAUGAAUCAAGUUGAAGGUGAUAUUAAUGUCAAUGUGCAUGAAUUCAACCAUCAUGAAGACGGUGGAGGUGGUGAUCAAGUGAAGUUGAAUUUGUUUUAUGGGAAAUUGAUUGAUGGUGAGAAGUUGGCCAAUGCAAAUUUGGAAAAUGCCAUUAAGGAGUAUAAGAAAGUUGAAAUGGAGAAGGAAAAGAAAGAUAAGGAGGCAAAGGAGGUCAACAAGGGCCAAGAAGAGUCAAAGGAGAAAGAAAAGAACCGCAACGACAAUAACGACAACAACGACAACAACGAUGACUCUAACGACAUUGUCAAAUCAAACAUCUUUAUCACAAUACAACCAAUAACUACCAAACUCGACUCCAAACCACAAGAUGUUGACGAAAUUGACUCACUUUCAACAACAUCCAUAAUCGAUUCCCACAAUACCACAUCGUUCUCAUUUACAUUAAUCCUUAAAGAUAUAACCAACAACAUCACCAUAACAUCCCGUACUCAGCCUUUCCCAUUACGCUGGGCGCACUGGCUUGAUGGUGAGCAAUUAAAAUUGAAUGAGUCAGGAGAUGCUGCUGAGUUGGAUUUGGAUAAUGUGGAUCCUAAAGAAUGGGUUAAGGACUGGAUUCGUCAAGGAUUGAACUUGGGUGUUGGCGUGUUGGCACAAGAAUUCGACACAUGCGACAAACUAAUGGAUGCAUUAGAAGAAUGCCAUCGACAAGAAUUCCUCAAACAAUGUCUUGGCUUGUGUAAUUUUGAAAAGGAACAAUUGAGUCAAUGUUUGCACUAUACGCGAGUUAAUGAUGCUAAAGAAAGGAUCAGACAGAGUCAGGAAAAGCAAGCCAAGUUGAAGUUGAAGCAGAAACAGAGGGAGGAGGAGGAGUAUGGUAAAAAUGGGUAUUUGAAGAAAGUUAUCGAGUUGGAGAUGCAGAAAAAGUGA